AUGAACACGUAUAAUAGAGGAGAAACAGAGAGGACAUCUUCAGACCAUCGAUACAAGAUGCAGCAGAAAACUGAAGUAACCCUGGCUAUUCUAUUGCUGGCUUUAAUACAAGGUGUUGUGGCCGUGGAGGUCCAGCCCUCCAUCAACCCUGCUGUAGUCGGGGACUCUGUGACUCUGUCUCUGUCCCCUCUGACCAACCUGAAGAGUGGAAGCUGGGCGGUGGGGGACUCCCUCAUCCUCACCUGGCUGGGGGACCAGCAGGCAGUCUUCCCCAGUCACAGCGGCAGGGUGUCCGUCAACCACUCCACUGGAGCUCUCACCCUGAACUCCGUCACGGUGGCUGACUCUGGAGUCUACGUCAUGCAGAGCACUGACCCCCCGCUCAAGGCCAACGCAUCCAUCACAGUUCUGGAGCCCAUUUCAAAUGUGACGCUACGCACCAAUCACACCGACCUGAUGGAGUUCAACAGUUCAGCAGUCAUUACGUGCUCCGUCUCCUCUGGAUCCUCUCCGUCUUUCCUCUGGAUCAACGGCAGCUCCGAGGUGACAGUCAGCGACAGAGUUCAUCUCUCUGAUGGAAACUCCACUCUCACUAUAGUCAAUGUGACCCGCUUUGAUCAGGGACCCUUCACGUGUCAUGCGUCCAAUCCUGUCAGUAAUGGAACCAGUGAUCCAGUAAACUUCACCAUCACCUAUGGUCCAGAUAACAUGGCAAUAACAGUGAAUGGACUCAACACCACUUCCUUCUCUAUCGGAUCCAAUCUGAGCAUGCUCUGUUCAGCACAGUCCAGUCCUGCGGCUCAGCUUCAGUGGGCUUUCAGAGGGGAGCUUGUGAACACUACGGGUCCUCUGUUAGAGCUGUUCAGUGUCAGCGAGGACCAAAGCGGUCCAUACUCCUGUCUGGCCUUCAACAAUCACAUCAACAUGAACAGCAACAUCACCACAAUCCUCCUGAUAGGAAAGCCUUCGUCAGGGUCGGAUCAACAGGCGGUUAAUGUGUGGCUGCUGCCGCUGCUGAUAAUGGUUGGGUUCUUCUUCUCAUUGCCAGCUGCUGCAGGUACCCAGAAGAUAUACGCCUCUGAGAACCCCAUACCAGUGGGCAACACAGUCACGCUUUUCAGCCGGGACAAUGUCUCCACAGGGGCAUGGAUGUUCAACAAUGAUAUCAUUGUGAUGACUUUUCCAGGAAGUGAAAUCAUAACUGACAAUUGGAAGGACAGGUUGACACUGUCAGUCCAAGUGCCGAUUUCAAAUGUGACUCUGAGAGCGAACGCAACCAACCUUGUGGAGUUCAAUGACACAGCAGUUCUCAUGUGCUCUGCGCUCAAUGGCUCGUCCCUGACUUAUGCGUGGCUGAAGGGCAGCACUGAGAUCACAGCUGGUGGGGGAGUGCAGCUGAGCGAUGGGGGCGCCACUCUCACGGUCAGGGUGACCCGCUAUGACGAGGGGUCGUACAGGUGCAAUGUGUCCAAUGGCGUGAGCUAUGAAGUCAGUCUGCCUGUUUAUCUCAACAUCAGCUAUGGUCCAAGUAACACAACGAUGAUGAUCACGCCCAUGAAGUCCACUUACACAACCGGAUCCAACAUCACCCUGUCGUGCUCAGCGGAGUCGAGCCCUCCAGCGAUGAUCCAGUGGAUGUUUGACGGGGUGUACCUAAAUCAGUUUGGCCCACAGCUUCUACUAGAGAAGGUUGCAGUGAGCAACUCAGGAUAUUACCGGUGCUUAUUUCACAACGCAGUCACGUCCAGGUUCAGCAGCAAAAGUGCAAUGAUCAGGAUUGAGGAGAAAAUAGUAGCAGUUGUGGUGGAUCACACAGGUGGACCAGCAAUACUUAAUGAGUCAUUCAGUAUGACCUGUGAAGUGGUUGGAACUGUUGGCAGCAUUCAGUGGUGGAGGAACGGUCAACUCAUCACUGCAGACAACACAACAGGACAACACAACAAGACACUGAUUCUCUUCCCAGUCCAGCUUUCCGACCAUGGAGAUUAUCAGUGUCAGGCUUUUAAUUCUGUGGGCAACAUGACCAGCAGCCCUUACACAGUUGAAGUAAACUAUGGCCCAAUGAAACCAGUGAUCGUGGGGUCGUCCAUGGCUCUAGCAGGAACAUUCGGAUCCUUCAACUGCUCAAGUGCGUCUCAUCCUCCCAGUAGGAUCAGCUGGUACUUCAGCGACUCCAUGGCUGCCACCUCAGAUUUAGUUAUUGGACCUCUGACCUUGAACAUGAGUGGGGUGUACACCUGCGAGGCUUACAACAACAUCACUGGCAAAACCAACACUGCCUCCAUCAUGCUCACUGUUCUGGCUCCAGUGACCAUGGCGUCAGUAAAGAUAGUCGGAGCUGAGCCAAUCCAGAACCACACGUUCUCUCUAACCUGUGAGACAUCUGGAAGUGUGGAGUCGAUUAUCUGGUUGUAUAAUGGGUACCAACUGUCUGCUGGCAACACCAGAAACUUCUCAGUGGACCACGCCACCCUCACCAUUGAUCCUGUCAUGACCUCUGACAACGGGAACUAUCAGUGUGUAGCUUCCAACCCACUCAGCAUCUUUACAAGUCAAGUCUUCACACUGGGGGUUUUUUAUGGACCAGAGAUGCCAACUAUCAUUGGACCAAAUAUGGCAAAUGUAGGAGACAAUGUCACAUUCAGCUGUUCCGCAUCAUCAAACCCUCCCAGCUCCUACGAAUGGUUCUUUAAUGGUUCUUUAGUGGCCAAUACGUCCGAGUAUGUCACACCUCCUCUUACUAAAGCUAUGAGUGGGCUGUACACCUGCAUGGCCUACAACAACAUCACCGGCAAAAACAGCACUACCUACACGAUGCUCACUGUUUUUGCUCCAGUGACUAUGGCUUCAAUAAAGAUGGUCGAAGCUGAGCCAAUCCUGAACCACACGUUCUCUCUAACCUGUGAGACAUCUGGAAGUGUGGAGUCGAUAAUCUGGUUGUAUAAUGGGUACCAACUGUCUGCUGACAGCACCAGAAACUUCUCAGUGGACCACGCCACCCUCACCAUUGAUCCUGUCAUGACCUCUGACAACGGGAACUAUCAGUGUGAAGCUUCCAACCCACUCAGCAAGUUUACAAGUCAAGUCUUCACACUGGAUAUUGCUUAUGGACCACAGAUACCAACGAUCACUGGACCAAAUGCAGCAAAGACGGGAGACAACGUCACAUUCAGCUGUUACGCAUCAUCAAACCCUCCCAGCACCUACGAAUGGUUCCUUAAUGGUUCUUUAGUGGCCAAUACAUCCAAGUAUAUCACACCUCCUCUUACUAAAGCUAUGAGUUGGAUGUACACCUGCAUGGCCUACAACAACAUCACCGGCAAAAACAGCACUGCCUACACGAUGCUCACCGUUUUUGAUCCAAUAGAUCACGUUCAAGUAGAAACGCCAACUAAUCCUGCCAUAGAAGGUCAUUUUUAUCAGCUAACAUGCAAUGUGACUGGACCUGUUGAGCAUGUUUACUGGUUAAAAAAUGGUGAGCCACUUCAUCAAGAUAACAGGACUGUUUCCAACAUGGCUAACAAGACCCUCACCUUUAACCCACUCGAGCAAAAUGAUACUGGGUACUACCAGUGUAUGGCUAUUAAUGCUGUCUGGAACAUGACCAGCUCUCCUUACAUGCUCCUUGUGAACUUUGGACCAGAAACACCCAUGAUUGAUGGGCCAGCUUUUGCUGAGGCAGGAAGCUACGCGGUCUUCCACUGCUCUGCCGUGUCAGUGCCGCCCAGUCGGUUCACCUGGUUCUAUAAUGGCUCUGAGGUG